AUGUAUCGAGUUGGUGUUGUUACGCAACCGAUUCAAAACCCAUGGCGAGUGAAGGCCGCAGGCAAAGUCAUACGACAUGUGCCGCUUACGUUAUAUUCCGACGAUACAUCCGGUAAUGUGUCGAAGAAGUGGAAUCAUCACAUGAGUAUAUUCUUUACUCUGUCCGGAUUGGCCCCCCAAUGGACAAAUCAAGAUUAUAAUAUCCACUUUUUGGCCACUUCGAAUAGCGCGACCACCCUGGAUUUGUUUGACCGAGUGGUGGAUGAUCUGAAUUGA